ACACAUCAUCACUCUACUUCCCUCUUGCUUCAAGGAACCGCUUAGAUUCAGUGCUGAAAACAAAAUAUGGCCACACCUCUAUCGGUCCGACCGAACCGCACCAUCAUCGGCAUCCACCCCCCCGGCUCAUCCCGCCGCAGGUCGCUCUGCCGCCGCUCCUACUCGAUUCACGCUACUAACAGGCUCAAGAAACUCGGCGUUGUAUUCAUCUCCCGCCGCCGAACCUUAGACACCGCUCUCUAUGCCGGCUCCAGAGCAGACGACUCAGCUCCGUUCGAGAUGUCCGUCGAGAACGCCCUCAAGCUGCUGGGAGUCACGGAGGGAGCGUCCUUCGAAGAUAUUCUUCGUGCCAAGAAUUCGAUUAUCGCUGCCUGUAAGGAUGACGCAGAAACAAUUGCAAAGGUGGAGGCUGCAUAUGAUAUGCUGCUUAUGCAGAGCUUGUCACAGAGGAGAGCUGGAAAAGUUGUUGAUAAAUCUGUCCGUUACGCAGAUGUUAAAUCUAAUGCUCCUAGAAUGGACUCAAUGCCCAAGUGGUUAAAGACUAGUGUCCGGAACUCACCCGUUUCAUUUGAAACACCAUCUACUCGUGAGCUGGCUGUCCAAGCUGGGGUCUAUGGAGCCCUAAUGGUCUUAACAUAUGCCAAUGGAGCCUCAUCAUCUUCUGAAGCAGCAUAUGCUGGAGCAGAUGUUCCUGGGUUGAUUUUAGCCACUAGUUUUGGAGCAACCUUGUACUUCAUGACCAAGAAAAAUGUCAAGUUGGGGAAAGCAAGUCUUAUUACAAUUGGUGGACUUGUGGCUGGGGCAGUGGUUGGCUCUGCAGUUGAGAGUUGGUUGCAAGUAGAUGUUGUACCAUUUCUUGGCAUACACAGCCCUGCAACUGUUGUGGGUGAAUUUGUACUUAUCUCUCAAUUGUUGGUCUCCUUGUAUUUAAGGUAGGCCAAAGCAAGAGCUACUGUGGUGCUGAUUAUAGGAUUACAAGGUCGGUGCCUAUUCUUUGCAAGAUGACACAUGCUUAUGUAGGUUGUGUAAUUUCUGUAGAAAUUGACUGUUGUACAACUUUUGUACGUGCUUAAAAUGUACAGCUUUUGAUUCCUCUACUAGUUCAAAUGUCGUUUCUA